AUGAGCAAGCAACAGCUCUCUGACAAAAUUGUCCCUUGGCCUGCUAACAUCAACUAUGACAAGCAAGCCUUCCCUGUGUCGGGCACUAAGAAACCUGGUCAAUCUGCGCAUUAUCGAAAUGGGAUUUGGGGGCUAAUUGACGAACACACCCCUAACGUCUUCAUCACCCUGGAUCAAAUCUGGGCAGACGGGUUGAGGUUGGCUGAAUCUCAAGAAUUCCUGGGAUGGAGACCGCGUAUCGGCCCAGGCAAGUACGCGAAUUAUUACGAGUGGAUCACCUACGCCCAGGCGGACGUAAGGCGAAGGAAUAUCGGUAGCGCUGUCCACAAACUGUUCAAAGAUGGCGUUCUUCGAGGAGAGGACUACGAGACCGUCGGCAUCUGGGCUCCCAACCGACCAGAGUGGCAACUGGUCGAUAUUGCCCUCCAGACUUAUGACAAGGUCGGAGUUAGUUUGUACGACACUCUGGGCAGGGAUUCUGUCGUCCCUGUACUAAAGUACGUGGUAUGCUUCGACGCCCUGUUGCUUGAGGUGGAGUCUGCCAUCAAGGAAUGGGGCUCAAGCCAUGGCAUAACAGUGUUGCAAUUGAGCGAGCUGGAAGAUCUGGGCAAGGCCAACCCCAUUGAGCCUAUCCCGGCAACACCUGAUACAGUGGCCACCAUUUGUUACACGUCGGGCACCACCAAUACACCAAAAGGUGUCGUCUUGAAACACAAGACACUGGCCAUGUCAAUCCAGAGCUACUUCUACGGACGGGACCUCCCAGCAGACGCCGUUCUGUUCUCCUACCUCCCCCUUGCCCACAUCUACGAGCGCAUGGCGGAACUGGUCGCUAUCGCCAAUGGUGGAAAGAUCGGCUACUUCUCCGGAGAUCCUCUUCGACUCCUGGAGGAUGCUCAGAUUCUCAAACCCCACUUCUUCCCCUCCGUUCCCCGAGUUCUCAAUCGAAUCUACCAGUCUGCUAUGUUAGCGAAGGAGGCCCCGGGUGUCAAGGGAGCUUUGUUCAGGAAAGCGUUGGCCACCAAGCUUCAAAACUUGGAACAAACGGGAGAGAUGAAUCACGCUCUCUGGGAUAGACUCGUCUUCAAGAAGAUUCAAGCAGUCUUGGGAGGUCGAAUCCAAUUCAUUGGAUCAGGCUCAGCCCCUAUCACACCCGACGUUCUCAAAUUCCUCCGAGUCUCGUUCGCAUGCGAUGUCGUAGAAGGUUAUGGCCUGACAGAAACAGCAGCCUGCUGUUCUCGAACAUGGCAAGGCGAUCCAAACGGGACUGGUACCGUCGGCCCUCCGUCACCAGUGAACGAAGUCAAGUUGGUCGACGUCCCCAGUAUGGGCUACACCGCUGAGGACAAGCCGUAUCCUAGAGGAGAGCUAUGCGUCCGUGGCGCUAUUGUCUUUUCUCACUACUACAAGGAUGAGAAGAACACUAAAGAGGCUCUGGACGCCGAUGGCUGGUUCCAUACUGGAGAUGUCGCUUCCAUCGAUUCGGCAGGCAGAAUCAAGAUUAUCGAUCGAGUCAAGAACAUCAUGAAGCUCGCUCAAGGCGAAUACGUCGCCCUCGAGAAAGUCGAAAACAUCUACUCUACUGUUCCCGUGGUCGCCCAAGUGUUUGUAUAUGGCGACGGCACCCAGUCGUAUCUCGUCUCGGUCGCUGUCCCCGAACCCGUGGCAUUCAGCGCCUUGGCAAGCUCAGUGCUAGGCAAGAAGGUCGAUGUCGUCAACGGUGGUGAGGAGGGACGAAGAGCUGCGGAGGAAGCCGUUCGAGACCCUAGGGUCGUCGCUAAAGUGCUGGACAUGCUCACUAAGGAAGCUCAGAAGAAUGGUCUCAAAGGAUUUGAGAUGGUAAAGCGCCUACAUCUUACGCUGGAACCAUUCUCCAUCGAAGAUGGGACGUUGACACCGACGAUGAAACUCCGGCGUAAGGAUGCUUACAAUAAAUACAAGACUGAGAUCGAUGCGCUGUAUGCGCUGGGAGAACCGGUGGGUGGAUCUGGAGGCGCAGGCGCUGUAAAGCUAUGA